AUGCAAAGUGAGAGUUUUGAUAUACCGGUAGGUUUUUUAAUUUAUAUUUUUUUGAAACGUUCGAAACAUUGAAUUAAAAGAAACUUCAACAUUUUGAAAAAAAGUUAUAACGUGGCAAAAAACAUCCAGAAACUAAACUUUCAGUUUUUUUUGUUCCCACAGUCAUAAUAUAGAGCGAAAUUUGUACAUUUUUAACUAGGGGAUUUUUGAAGUGACUCCAAAGUUCCAAUUUUUAUAGUCACCCUAUUUUAAAGUCCUUGCGAUUUUUGUCACGUUCUCCAGUCUUUAUUCAUUUUCUCCAGUCCAAAAAAUAAUAAAACGGGAUCGUAAACUAUUUUUAUUUUUUCUCGGAAAAGCACGUGAACUUGGAAAAACACGUGAACUCUUAUAAAAAACACAAUUUUCGACUGUGUUCCGAUUUUUGUUACGUGAACUUUUCUGUUCCACACAAAUUCCAAAUAAAAAAUUUAUUUCUCACAAUUAUUAUUUCUAUUAUCUAACCAUUCAAAAGCAUGUUUGCCUGUUUUUAGAAAUUUUUGUUCGUGAAUUCAUAAUAAUUCACUGCAUGAUUCUUAUCGAAAAUUCUUUCAUUAUUUCCUUUCAAAAAAAAACUUGGAACAUUCUGGAACUUAUCUAAAUUUUCUAACAUUUUCAAAGAACAGGAUCAGUUUUGGAAACGAUAAAAUCAGCGAAAAUUACGUUUUUUAAUGAUGAAAUGGUGAGAGAAAAUUUCGAAUCGAUAUUUAGAUAGAUUCAAAUCUGUGUUCGACAAAACCAAAAUAAUCUGACAACUAUUUAAUCCUCGCCACUUCAUUCCAUUUUAUAUUCAUCGUAUUCCAAUUUAUGUUUUAAAUAUUAUGGACUCUUUAAAAACUCUAGAUUCUAGUUUACAAUCUGUUCCUAGUCAAGUAUUUCAGUAUUUUUUAGAGGUUCACAAUUUUUGAAAAAAUAAACUAUAUAAUAUUUUUGAUUGAAUUUCAGGCUCGAGAAAAAUCACCAGAUGAAUUGGAUUGGCCAGUGAGGUUAUUUGUGAUAUUAUUAGGAUAUUCUACAGUUGUGAUACCUUCUGCUCUUUUGAUUUUUUAUGUGAGGAGAAAUUUGCAUGGUAAGAGUAUAAUAGUAUUUGGGAAUUUCACUUUUCAAGAAAAAGUGUCAUUUUUUAAAUUUAAAUAAAAUUUGGAUACAAUAUCUUCUAAUGAAACCCACAUCAUUGUAGUUUUGUAGCCUACAAACUAAAUGAGACUGAGAAAAUAUGAAAUGUUUUUGAAACAUCAAAUAUGUCCUGACAACUUCAGAAAAACUUAGAAUGGAAAAUGUUCUCUGAAAAUAACAUAAUAUCUGAAAUCAAUGAACCCAUUUCAUAAAUCUGUUUUUUUCAGAUUUCGAAGGUCAUUCUCGUUCAUUCAAAAGACUUCUCAAAAGCUUCGCAGUUGGUUCACCAGAAUAUCAACUUAUCCCGAAUUCCCCUUCUUCCUCUUCAAAAUCUUCGAAUUCCACAAUAGAUUCUGUUCCACAUACAAGAUCACAAUGUAUCCAAACCACAGUACUCCUAUUAUUUUUCUUCAGUGGAAUUCAAAUAACUCUUGUUGCAAUGGGUUAUUUACAAGAGAGAAUUAUAACUCAAGGAUAUGUGAAAAGAGAUGGAAAAUUGACAGAUACUGUGGAAAAAUUUGAAGAAGUUCAAUUUUUGAUAUUUUGCAAUCGAAUUGUGGCAUUGUUUUUGAGUUUAUUGAUUUUGGCAAGAGAUUGGAGACAGUAUGUUUUUGUUUUGAAAUAAUUUUAUAUUUAUGUAGUCAAAAAAUGAUAAUUUUGUCAGACAACCUCCUCAUGUUCCACCACUUUAUGUUCAUUCAUACACUUCGUUUUCAAAUACAAUUUCAUCUUGGUGUCAAUAUGAAGCACUAAAAUAUGUAUCAUUUCCAACUCAAACAAUUUGCAAAGCUUCAAAAGUUGUUGUGACAAUGUUAAUGGGUCGAAUUGUUCGUGGUCAAAGAUAUUCAUGUUUUGAAUAUAUGUGUGGAUUAACAAUUGCAUUUGGAGCCAGUUUAUUUUUGUUGUCAUCGUCGCAAAGUCAUUCAACUAUUACUUAUACAUCGGUCAGUUUUUAAGCGAGAUUUUUUGGAAGUUAGUGGAAAGGGUAAUGAGAAACAUUUUGAAAAAUUGGGCUAAAUCUUUUCAAUUUAUUGUACUACAGUUCUCACUGAUUCUCAAAGGUUUCUUCAUUGAAAUCAUCUAAGACCUUCAAAACAUUCUUAUCGUGAAAAUGUAAUGUUCUUAAACAAUUAUCGUCAUAAUUGAAUUAAGAUUUUUCCGGGACGCUUGUAUCGUCACUCGAUUUAUCGAAACUUAAAUCUUAAGAUUGUAUCCUCAUUUUCUCGCCAAAAAAAUAAAAUUAGUUCUGAUCGAAAAACGAUAUUUUUUUCAGUUUUCCGGGAUGCUUCUAAUGGCUGGAUAUCUUCUUUUCGAUGCUUUCACCCUUAAUUGGCAAAAAUCACUUUUCGACACAAAACCAAAAGUUUCAAAAUAUCAAAUGAUGUUUGGAGUCAACUUUUUCUCGGCAAUUCUUUGUGCAGUUUCCCUAAUCGAACAAAAAACUCUAUUUUCUUCGAUUCAAUUUGCCGCGGAACAUGAUAAUUUUACACGAGAUGUGUUUUUGCUAUCAUUUUCUGGUGCAGUUGGACAAAUGUUCAUUUAUUCGACGAUCGAGAAAUUUGGACCAAUUGUUUUUGCAGUUAUUAUGACUAUUAGACAGGUCAUUUUUUUCAAAUAAAAUAUGACGAUAUUUAAAGUUAUGAUUUUUCAGAUGUUAUCAAUUUUGCUUUCAACAUUUAUGUAUAAUCACGAUUUAUCGUUUUGGUCAGCUAUCGGAUUUCUUAUUGUUUUUGCAGCCAUUUUUAUAGAUAUUCAUAAAAAAUAUAAUGAUAAACGAAGAGGAAAAUAAGGUGAGUUUUUAUCCUGUUUUUCGACAGUUCUUGAUGUUUCUAAUGAUCAGAAAACAUAAAUAAAUGAUGUCAUACGUAGCAUGUGUAGACAAUUCGAUAAUCACACAAUUUUAUGAGAUGCGAUUAUUGGACAAAAAAAGUUUUAUUGAUAAAAAGUGAUCUUUAAUUGAACAUAAUCACAGUCUGGCGGAUUUCCAGAUGUUUUUGAAGCCUAGAAUGAAACAGUUCCUGAAAUCAGGAUAAAAUUAUUAUUCUUCAGAAACUCUGAUUCUUCAGAGGAGCCCAAAAACGUUGCAGCUGGUUCAAUCCUUUUUAACGGUCUUAUUCGGACAUUCUUAAAUUCAAAAUCAGACCUAAUUUUCAUAAGUUACAAUUUUUAGAGUAAUAAUUCUUUGUUUCAAUUGAAAAAUUUGUGUUUUCUGAAUUUUACACAGGGUUAAAAAAUUUCGGGCACUCUAAAAUUUCCGAAAAUAUUACCAUUUCCUCAUUUCGUUUUCGUUUUUCUUUCUCUCGCUUUCCAAAAUCUUUAAUCAUUUUGUAGCUUCGUUAAUUUAUUUUAUUUGAUACACACAAAGAAAACGAAUAAAACCUGAAUCAUUCGUUGGAUUCAUCUUUUUUUUUUCUCGAGAGAAAAAGCUUAUUUUGUUGGGCGACAAUUCGAAAUUGAUAUGUUAUGAUAUGAUAAAUUGAUCUGGAUCAAAGAUGAGGAAAAAAGUUCAAGUUCAAUUUUAAGUUUUCAUUGAAUUUUUGAAGUUCCAGUUAAAUGAUUGAUCAGAAGAUCAAUUGGAUCAUAUGAUCUUAUCCGAUUUUGAAACAAAAAAUCGAAAGUUUUUAUCAAAUUUGUUGACAAUUUUGUGGAAAAAACGGCUAAGAAUUUGUGAAAUUGAAAUAUGUGUAAUUCAAAAAUUGAUAUGAAAAACGGUGAUUUUCUAAAUUUUUCAAAUAAAAUUUAUAUCAAUAGUUCUAAAAUUGUAGAAUGUAACCUUUGUAGCUAAAUCUAAACCUGUUCCCUCAUAUCCCGCCUCGAUUUUCCCCUUCUUCUCUCAGAAAAAUGAUAUAAUUGUUAGUGUUACAGAUUAUUCAACUAUCAAAGGCUUGCGUAA